AUGGUCACAACUCAAAGCAGACAAAAAUCUUACGCAGAUCUGAGGCGAAGACAUGUUGAAUUUGAGGUUGGGGGUCAUGUGUUUCUUUGUGUGACACCACGAAAAGGAAUAGUGGUGAAAAGCUUUGGCAUGAAAGGGAAGUUGAGUCCCAGGUACAACGGUCCUUUUGAGAUAUUGGACAGAGUUGAUACGCCACAUGUGCUAAGCUACAAGACUUUGGGUUUGCAGGAAGAUUUGUCUUUCGAUGAGCGUCCGGUGAAGAUUCUUAAUCGGAAGGACAAUGUCCUAAGGAAUAAGACUAUUUCCUUAGUGAAAAUGAUGUGGAGGAAUAAUGUUGUUGAGGAAGCAACCUGGGAACUCGAACUAGAUAUCCUACAGCAGUAUCCGGAAUUGUUUCAGUGA